CAUCCUGUUCUUAUUUUACGCACUCCUUUUACAUUCAACUUCCGUCAAUCAAGUAUCUGUUUGGCUGAAUUGACUGUCGCUCUACCCACAUCCGUAAUCCUCUCGCGCAGCGCUCACGGACACGACCCUAUCGCAUCCGUCUCCCCGGCCCUUGCUCUGCCUCGUCCAGCAUAUCCAGCAUCUCCUCCAGCGUCGCAGGAAACACAGCCAGGCCCAAAUUCGACGGCACGUCGAGCGCGGGAUCCGUGUGUCGACGCAUGGCGGGGAAGAACGACGAUGCCGGCGACGCGGUCUGGCGCGUUUCCAGAGCCGAGGAUUCUCGAUCGAGACGAGAUACGUGGCGGCGGUGGUGGCGCCGCCGACGGAAGAUCAGGAGGACGAGCGCGGAGACGAGGAUGAGGACGAGACAAAGGAGUGCCCCGCCGACGGCUGCUAUUGCGGUGAUAUCUCUGUGCG